ACGACUGCCCGGAGCACCCAUUUGAGCGAGCAGAGUGUGAUACAAGCUCACCCCUCAAGAGAAACGCUGAUAUCUGCAGUCAGUGCUAUUGCUACAUUUGUGAUAAGCUAGCUUCUGAGGUAUACAUUUUCCUCCAGAAUCACAAAGUGCUUUAUCAGAUGCCAGUUAACUGAGCCUCACAACAUUGCUUUGAGAUAGUUACAAGUAUAAAGGCUUUAUCUUUCAAAGACCAGGAACAAGCCACUGAAAGAACCAUGCACUAAAGAAGAAUUGGAGAUAAAAUUUUCAUGCUCAUAGCCUGUCACACCUUGGCUAUUUUCUAGUGGUUCGUCUUCUGGCUGAUGUGUGUCCGAGAAGUACUACUGCAUCAUUUUUAUGCAGAGUAUUUAUUAAAGAGCCUUAUAUUAAUGCCGUCCCUGAUUUGGUUAUGCAGUUGGUAAAACAACUAGAAUUUGCGCCAGUAGAAAGCAGUAGCUCAGUAUGGAAUAUAGCCAGCUAUACAGUGUCAGAACUGGACAGCCCCUUCCUUCUGUCAUUCCAAUGCACACAACAAAAGCAAAUUCUGGAAGGAGCAGCGUGAUUUUGCCUUGGUGGGUGUUCUUGUAAUGUUCAACCUGGACCUCACAGACAUAGAUGCAGAUCUUCGACGUGGAGGUAAAGGGUGUGCUCUCAAGUUGUCCCAGAAUGAGACGUCUAAUGAGAAGGUCAUAUUUGUUUCCAAGGCAAAAAAAUGUCUACAAUUUUUUUUUCCUCCUUCAUCUCCAGGUAGUCUGCUGAUAAAAUUUAUUCACAAACUGUCUGCGGAAUAUAACAAAUACCUGCUUGGUGAAAGAAUGCUUUCCAAUAGACACGAAUGUUUCUGUUACACAAAAUUGGCACCUGGGCAAUGCAAUAUCUGCUUGCAGCGCCAGACAGAGGUCAUAUACAGAUAUUCUGCUGUUUUCACACUGGUAAUGAAUUUUUUAAAUGAGGCAGACCAAGAGAAUCCCAAAACUGCUGCAGUCAUGCUUCUGGGAGCAGCCAAAGAAAUUGCACUUCAUAAGGAUCCUUCUCUAAGCUGGAGAAAUCUAGGUCAGAAUGGAUCUCUGAAGGUAGCUGUACCUUGUCUGAUGGAGAGAAUUACAACACGGCUGCAAAGGAUGCUGGUGCUAUGUGACUUCCCAAACACUUUGCAUCACAAGUUCAUUCAUUUUUUCCAGCGUAUAUCACUUCCUUGUCACUGCUAUACCUUCUCAAAUUGCCUAAAUGUUAUGCCAUGGGAUCACGGAUUAUUGACCACAGUCUUAAAAGGCCAGAACAUCACAGGUCAAAGAACACACAAAGGGAGGAAAGUAUCUUUGUGGGAAGCAUUUCCUGUUAUAAGGGCUCGUGUAGAAAGAUUAGAAAACCAGCAACACUAUAAGGAAAUAGUUCGCUACCUGAAAGCUGUGAAAUGCAAUGACACUCAAGGGUUAAAAAUCUACAAAGACAGAAUUCCAUUCUACUUGUGCAAAAUGGGGGACUUUGUUGAUGCUGCCCGCUCACUCUUCCUCCCCUACAGUAACCUGGCAUGCUGUACAGCCUGCCGUAUAACCUCUGCCCAGUUUGAAGUCUACAUGAAGAUGUUCAAAACAGGCAGUGUUCCUUCUGGAAAUGAUCUUCGUGACUCAGGGCAGUGGACUGCCAUUGGAUCUCCUUUGAAGAACACUGUUUUAAUCACAAGAGGACUCAAACUCCUUUACAGCAAUACAUUAUUGUACAGGAAUCCAAAAUGCUGGAGCACCUUCAUCAUGGUUCUGGGUAGCGGCACUACACUGGAGAAGAGUGGACAUUUAAUUCCUCUCUCGCUGAAAGAGCCACCACUUGACUUUCAAGAGAAGGUGGUCUCUGUGUGUUAUGGCCUUCUGAAUGAGCUGAAGACCAAAGUCAAUGUUUCUCUGCCGUGUAAUUUUUUCUCUAAUUCUUUCUGCCUUGAGGCUGGUCUGAUUCUCUUGGUGCAAGCAGUGAAGCAGAUGAUUCUGAGUGACCUUCCGUACUUGAAUUCCAUUCUAGAAAUAAUACUAGCAUUCGGGAAUAACUUCUGGGCACUGAGGCUAUUAUUAGACGGUUUCUCCUAUGAAGAAUCCAUUCUCCAUGGCACUGUCAAUCUGUUUGUCAGAGAUCUGAAUUGUAGGAAAGACACAAUACUGACAUUGGGGCAAACCGUUGGUCCUCAAUAUGUGGGUGCUUUGCUCUGUGAAUUUCUGACUUGCACCAACGUGAAGAUGCAAUCCAUUGGUGUCUUCAUUAUCCAGAUUAUAACAGAGAAAUUACAUAUGUGUCCAUGGGCGAAGCAGCUUUUCAACGUCUUUGUAAAUAAAGGACUGAGGACUUUGCCUCUCGGCCCACCAGUUGACGGUGAAGUUGCCAAGUUCAUGGCCGUUUUGGAAAGCCUGUAAUAUAUUUCCUAAGGAAAAGCAAACAGCUUCUACUUCGAGGUGCAAAGGCAUUUGUCGACUUGUCUCAAAGCACCUCCGGCGGCGCACACCCGCCAGGUUCAGUGGAGUUCUGCUUGCAUGCCUCUUCCCCCUCCUCGGUAAAAAUGAUCGGCUUUAACGGCUGUCUUGCGAACAGAUUCUGAAAGGACCGAUCCAGGUCUAGAGCCUGGGCAUCAAACGGAAGAGAUCCUUCAGCAAAUCUCACGUAACAAUCCCCGGUCUUCCAGACACAGGAAUUAGCAGUUCUUUUCAGUUUGCUUUUUAUUUUCUUGCGGUUGAGGUAUACCCGCUUUAACAGGAGUUGAAUAUCUUGGGGUAGAAAGAGUGACAAAUGUAUCCUCCCUUAUGAAGUGGAAUGUGUGCGCUGAUAUUUGAAUGUCAAAUCAGCAGUUCAGUACUUGCCGAGAAAGCAAAAGGUUCUUGGAUAAGGGAAACAGCAGACUGAUGGACGUCUGACAAUACACAGCGGUGGUAGUAAUGUAUGGAACUCCUCUUGUAUAUAGCGUUGAACUGUGACAGUGAACCACUUUUAGCUUUGUAUCGUCACCCUCCACUUUCCAAGAUUUGUUCAAACAAUCAGACAAAUUUAUUGUACUUUGAAGCAGUAAAUAGUUGACAAGGAGAGAAUUAUUUUUCAGAUUUUCCAGACUCUGGACUUCAUUUUCAUCUUUUACAACUGGGUUGCAGUUGACAGCUGUUAACCUGGUACUACUCCCUCUCUGGGUGACUUGCGCUGCUGUCAUAAUUUUCAUUUGAACAGUUGAUUUCUGAACUAUACUAACAGAAAGGUGACUAAGGACUAAAGAGCAAUCUAGCUACACUCACCUUUCAGCGUUGGAUGUGGAGGGGGAAGAAUUUUAAUGUUGUGUGUUGUACUUUGCACAUUUUAGGCUUGCAAUGAUUCUUAUCUCAAGUUCAGCUAAAUUAUUCUUUACAAAAAUGUCUUUGUUUUGUAUUAAAAAUGUGAAUGCACACCUGCCAACUUUUUAUAAGUGCUAAAACAACUCUUGUGGCAUCCUUCUCUGCUGCUCAUCUCUUUAAAUAAAAGGAGUUGCUUAUGGAGCAUCCCACUGUAAGGUCACGUAGAAGAAAGAAGAGAGAGGUCACUGGAGAUCCCUUCUCUCAAACGUGCUUGAAUCCUGAUGUUCUUUUUGCUCCGCUAUUCCAGGCCUUCUGCUUUUGAGCAGAGAUGGCCUCUUGGCAUCUCAUUCAAUCUUGCAAGACAUGUACCAUAGCACCACAAGCCUCACCUUAGUCCUGUUGCCAGAGAAGGCCAUCCUAACAUCUUUCCAAGAAACGAAAACACCCCGCACU